UGCCGAUGGGAAUGCAUUUGUCUGCAAACGAAACCUAAGCCCAAACCCUAACCCUAAUCAUAACCUUCUCCUCCGGAUUCAUUCUCACCCUCUUCUGUUGAUUAAAUCAUCAAUCAAUGGCAAGGAAGCGAAAGCACGACUCCAAAACCACUGAACCAACUGAACCUCCACAAAAACAACUCCAACAAGAGCCAUCGAAAGAAGAACAACAAACUGUUGCUGAAGAGCCUGGAGCAGAAAACAACGAAGACGUCGAAUAUGAAGAAGUCGAAGAAGUAGAAAAAGAAGAGGAAGUGGAAGAGGAAGAAGAAGAGGAGGAGGAGGAGGAGGAGGAGGAGGAAGAAGAAGAAAAUGAUGGCGAAAAUCAGGAGACAGCAAACACCUCAGGAGCAGAUCAGAGAGACGAUGAGGACGAUGAGCCGAUAGAGAAGCUUCUAGAACCUUUUAGCAAGGACCAGCUUGUAAAUCUGCUCCGUGAAGCUGCUGAAAAGAAUAGUGACGUGGCUCAUCGGAUUCGCGAAGUAGCCGAUGAGGAUCCAGCUCACCGGAAGAUAUUUGUGCACGGUCUUGGCUGGGACACAAAGGCCGAGACUUUAAUUGAUGCGUUCAAACAGUACGGUGAGAUUGAGGAUUGCAAAGCCGUUUGUGAUAAGGUCUCUGGGAAAUCCAAGGGUUAUGGUUUCAUUCUGUUCAAGACGCGAAGUGGGGCGCGUAAGGCACUUAAGGAGCCACAAAAGAAGAUUGGGAGUCGGAUGACGUCUUGCCAGCUGGCCUCCGUUGGCCCUGUGGCGUCUCCUGCUCCCAGUAUGACGCAGCAUCAUCAUCAACAGCCACAGCCGCAGCCAGUGUCUGAGUAUACUCAAAGAAAGAUUUUUGUUAGCAAUGUUUCGGCGGAGUUUGAUCCACAGAAGUUGCUUGAGUUUUUCUCCAAGUUCGGGGAGAUUGAGGAAGGACCGCUGGGUCUGGAUAAGGUCACUGGAAAGCCUAAAGGGUUUUGUUUGUUUGUUUAUAGGACAGUUGAAGCUGCCAAGAAGGCUUUGGAGGAGCCGCACAAGAAUUUUGAAGGUCAUGUUUUGCAUUGCCAGAAGGCUGUUGAUGGACCGAAACCUGGAAAACCUCUGCACCGCCAUCACCAGAAUGCACAGAAUCCACAUUUCCAGAGAAAUGACAAUGCAGGUUAUGUCGGUGCUGCAGCACGACCUGGCCACUUAAUGGCACCGUCUGGACCUGGGGUUGGAGCUGCAGCUGCACAGGCAUUGAACCCUGCUAUUGGACAGGCGUUGACAGCUAUACUGGCAACUCAGGGUGCUGGAUUGGGGAUCAACCCGGCAAUUGGGCAGGCUUUGCUGGGACUGGGCUCUGCUGCUGGUGCAGGUGCUGGAAUGCAGGGUGCAUAUGCAAAUCAGGCAGUUAGUCCUGGGGUCAUGACAGGGUAUGGGAACCAGGGUGGCUAUCCAAAUCAGCAAAUGGCACAAGGUGGGUCUGGAAGGGGCCAGCAUGGCGUCAACCAGUAUGGUGGCGCCCCAUACAUGGGCCAUUAGGUGUUCCUCAGGUAAUCUUCUGUGCGGGUUGAUUGGUCCUUUUACAAUCUUAUCUGCUGUCUUCCAAUUAACUUAAAAUAUUAUGAAAACUAUAUUUUUAAAAGCAUGCCGAUUAUUAUAUUUUUUGGGAAAAUUUCCUAGAUUUGUCCUUUGACCAGUAAGAACCUUUAAAGUAGUGUCUGUGAUAUGGGAUUUGAUGUGGUCUUGUUUUUUCUACUGUGGAAUUAAAAUUGGAUUGAAAAAAUGUUUAUCUGGGACUAGUUGCUAAAAAACAAAAGUUGCCAUUCACUUAAUUGUUUGUCUGUCAUAUAAAUUAGGAGUUUAAACUUUAAAUAGUUUGUUUUAAUCAAAAGUUUCUGAAGACAUGAUUUUUUGAGUCAUUGGCUAUUUUGUAAAAACUUUCAAUUUCAGUUGAGGUGCAAUAAUAUGUUUUAGUUUUCAUAAAUCCAUUAUCAUAUCUACCAAAGGGGAUUGCCUGAGAUGGACAUUUUCACCACUGUGGAUAGAGAGAACCAUGUUCCAUGGAGUGGAAGGUAUGGAUUUUAACUUACAAUCUAAUAUGAGAGUUGCGAUAUUGUACUAUUAAAAGCUUUGAAGGUUCCCAUGUGGCCAUGGAGUUUUGAGUGCUUUGCUCUUGUUAUUACCUCUUUUACAAUGUUGUCAGUGCAUUUUUUAUGUUGGCUUAGUCUCUCUUUAGGUUUGACUAAAAUAUAAAAGAUGCCUUAACAUCACUUGUUUCUUGGUGGUGAUAGUGAGUUUGGAUAGCCAUAAGCUAUCUAAUGGAGUGUUAUGGAUUUAUGGGUUGAUAUUUCUUGAAGUUUAGACUAGAGAAAUCAGUCAGAAGGAUUUUUGAGGGAUAAACAAUGUGUAAAGGCAAGUGUAUUUAUAGUCCUUGCAUAUUUUUUUUCAAUCUGUGGUUGGACUGUCUUUUCCUUAACAUCUGAACUUUAAUUUUCAAUAUUCAACAUUUAUUUGCCUUAAUCCAAAUGUAUAGAGAGUUGAUAAGUUUAUAACAUUGAGGAUUUUUUUACCUAUAACUUAUUCUUUAAUCCACUCUUGCAUUCACCAUAUGACGUCUAAUUGUAUGGGUAGCAGCUGAAACCUAACUUCCACUUUUGCUUGUUUAGAAAUGUCUGAAAUGAUGUGCCACAUAUAGAGAAUGAUACUAGGAUAUUAGUUUCUAUCCAUUUGCAUUUCUUCUUCUUCUUCUUCUUCUUCUUUUUUUUUUUUUUAAUUUUGAUCUCUGAAGCCUAUUUUGCAAUAGAAAAUUCUUUCAAUGCCCCUAAAGAAGUAUUUGGUAAAAUAGAUCUUUAGUCAGUAUUACAAGUUGCAGUAUUUUUUAGCUCAACCUUUCUGAUUGUAGUUAGAUGCACCAAAAAACAAAAACAAGACAAAAUGACAGUUACGCUUACAAAUUUGGAGCUUUAGCAUAAUCUUCUUACAAUCAUUAGAAUAAAUAUAAGGGAGUUCCCUCCUAAUUGUAUGAUAUGGCUUAGUGGUCUUUGAAAUUCUAAUUUUUUUGGAUGCAGAUAUGAACCAGUUUCUUGUAAACGAUGCUUUUACUUGUUUACAUUGAUGUUUCCUGUAUUUUAUGCCCAGUUUUUCUAUUUUGUCCUUCCAAAUACAUCUUCCCAGCUGUGGGAAUUGCUUUCAAGCAUUGCUGUCAUUAUAUUCAUAAUCCUGUGCAUACAUUUUGGUUUUGUUUAGUUGGAUUGAGCUUAUUUGGGUAAGCAAUCUUGCUUUUUCAAAUUAUGAUUUACAUGAAUGCACUUCAACUGCAUACUGUUAUAAGGUCAAAUGACAUUUACCAUUGACAGUUUAAAUUAAGCCAAUCGUUUUAACCCAUGGGCUUGCUUUCAUCACUAAAGUGAUUGAGUUGUGAGGUCGAGGCUAGAGUGAACUUCUGAACCUCUUUUCAAGUACCAAAUUAUAUCUUAUCCAGCUAAUUUUUAGUAGGCAAAUGGGAUUUAAAUUUGUAUUGUUAAUUGUCAUUGAAAGCGGUAGGAAGAACAAGAGUUGGUGAUUUGAGAAUUGUUAAGAUUUCUAAUGGCGCUAACCCUUUGCAUUUUUGAUGGCAUAUUUACUUGCUAGAUUUUUAUAGUAGGAGUGAAUGGUGUUUGGCGCAUCUCAUUUGGAACCUUUAGAAAGUGUGGAAGGAGGAUAUAAUGUCAAUGGUUAGUACUAUGAAUUUGUUGAAUGUUUGAUCAAUUCUUCACUAUGUAUUUGUUGACCUCUUGACAAACUAUGAUCCUCUUGUUGUUGAUAAAGAAAAUUACAAAAAAAUUAUGUGA